UUAUUAUUGGAUUCGGUAUUUAUAACAAUGCUUAGAGUCUUAAGGAGUUCGAUAUUUCAGAAACUACUGCAACCCCUCUUUCACUUCAAUCCCAAAGCCAAGAUAUCUUGCUAUCAAGUCACAUCAUAGCCAACACCAUGCCCGACAUUGACUUCAGUGCUCUGGCGGCUGCUGCCGAUUUCGACAACUUCCGCCAGGCUCCGAUUUUGGAUUCUCUCGCCAACAGCGCUCUACUCUCUCCCAACCCCAAGUUGGAACAAGCCCUAGCCAACUCAGCAGCCAAGGGCCUCCCUCCCAUCAGCGUCACCCCAAUGUCGGGCCAGCAUCUAACUAUCUUCACUCAACUCAUGGGCGCCAAGUCGGUGCUAGAAAUCGGCACACUUGGUGGCUACUCAGCUAUCUGUUUUGCUCAAGGCGGUGCCAAAGUGACGAGCAUUGAGAUCGAUCCGAAGCACCGCGAUGUCGCACUUGAGAAUGUUGAAGGCCUUGAUGUUGACGUUUUACUUGGAGCUGCCCUCGAUGUCCUACCCAAGCUGGCCGAGGAGAAACGGCAGUUUGAUCUCGUGUUUAUUGAUGCUGAAUUUGAGGACCACGUUGAGCAUUUUGACUGGGCUGUCAGAUUGACUCGGCCUGGAGGAUGUGUUUUCUUCGACGAUGUGGUGCCGGCGAUGUUCAAGAAUGGCGAGGUAAAACCAGGAGCGGAUUCUAUCUUGACGCAUAUUGGAAAGGACCACAGAGUCAAGGCUGCACUGAUGCCCAAUGUGGCGUGUCACCCCAUGUUGCCCACGCCCAUCUUUAAUGGCUUUGUAUUGGCCCUAGUCAAAGAGCACUGACGAAGAUGACGAUGAAGCUCGCUGCGACAAGUACCAUGGUUGACGUUGCAAUAUAUACUCUUACCGCUCC